AUGCCACCGUUGACAGAGGAAGAAACCAAGGUUGUGUUCGAAAAGUUGGCCAACUACAUCGGUAGAAACAUCACAUUCUUAAUCGACAACAAGGAGGACCCGCAUGUGUUCAGGUUGCAGAAGGACAGAGUCUACUAUGUCAGCGAGAAAAUCGCUAAGUUUGCCACCUCCGUCUCUAGACAGAACUUGAUGUCCUUGGGGGUCUGUUUUGGGAAGUUCACCAAGACCGGUAACUUCAGAUUGCACAUCACUGCCUUGUCGUACCUCGCGCAGUACGCCAAGUACAAGGUCUGGAUCAAGCAGAACGGUGAGAUGCCGUUCUUGUACGGGAACCACGUCUUGAAGGCCCAUAUCGGGAAGAUGUCUGAUGAUAUUCCAGAGCACGCCGGUGUCGUCGUGUACUCCAUGCACGAUAUUCCGUUAGGGUUCGGCGUGUCUGCCAAGUCCACCACCGAGGCCAGGGGCUUACAGCCAAACAGUAUCGUCGCCUUCAGACAGUCCGAUGUCGGUGAGUACUUGAGAGAGGAAGACACCUUGUUCUCCUAGGUGGAGUCUUUGGGUUGUUGUAUAUUAUAAUUUGCAUGUACUUUAAAUAAAUAUAGUGUUGAGACAG